AUGAUGCUCACACGCUUCGUGGCUGGCCUGCUCGGCAUCUCCGCCGCGGAUGCCGCCCUCACCUACAGAGGCGUGGAUUGGUCCUCAGUGGUGGUUGAGGAACGGGCCGGCGUCUCGUACAAGAACACCAACGGGAAUGCCCAACCGCUUGAGAACAUCCUGGCUGCCAAUGGCGUCAACACGGUGCGGCAGCGAGUCUGGGUUAACCCCGCGGACGGCAACUACAACCUCGACUACAACAUCGCGAUCGCGAAGAGGGCGAAGGCUGCCGGGCUUGGCGUGUACAUCGACUUCCACUACAGCGACACCUGGGCCGAUCCUGCUCAUCAGACCAUGCCCGCUGGGUGGCCGAGCGACAUUGACAACCUCUCCUGGAAGCUCUACAACUACACUCUGGACGCCGCCAACAAGCUCCAGAACGCGGGUAUCCAGCCCACCAUCGUGUCCAUCGGUAACGAGAUCCGGGCCGGUCUGCUAUGGCCCACAGGGAGAACCGAGAACUGGGCCAACAUUGCCCGGUUGUUGCACUCCGCUGCUUGGGGUAUCAAGGACUCGUCGCUCAGCCCGAAGCCAAAGAUCAUGAUCCACCUCGACAACGGAUGGGACUGGGGUACCCAGAAUUGGUGGUACACGAAUGUCUUGAAGCAGGGUACACUUGAGCUGUCCGACUUUGACAUGAUGGGCGUCUCGUUCUACCCCUUUUACUCGUCGUCGGCAACCUUGAGCGCCCUGAAAUCGAGCUUGGACAACAUGGCCAAAACCUGGAACAAGGAGAUUGCCGUGGUCGAGACCAAUUGGCCAAUCUCUUGUCCCAACCCAAGGUACAGUUUCCCCUCGGACGUCAAGAACAUCCCCUUCUCGCCGGAAGGACAGACGACCUUCAUCACCAACGUGGCCAACAUCGUGUCCUCGGUAAGCCGCGGCGUAGGCCUGUUUUAUUGGGAACCCGCUUGGAUUCACAAUGCAAACCUGGGCUCGUCGUGCGCCGACAACACCAUGUUUUCGCAAUCCGGGCAGGCUUUGUCCAGCUUGUCCGUUUUCCAGAGAAUCUGA